GAGUGUGAGUGUCACAUGUCGGCAAGCAGGCAGCGGAGGGCAGGACCCGACAGGCAGCAGUUUGUCACCUCUCCUCCCCAGAGAGAGAGGCUGGAAGACACCGGACCGAGCGCAAUGGCGACCGGUGACAGCGAAGCAACUCUGGAGUCUUGGCUCUACCAGGCGACAGACCCCAACAACCCGGAGGACAGGUGGGACUGUAUCCAGGCCUUCUACCAGCUUGUCAACAAAGAGUCUGAUGGCCCCCAGGUAGCCACUCGCCUCCUUGCACAUAAAAUCCAGUCCCCACAGGAGAGAGAGGCUCUGCAAGCUCUCACUGUCCUGGAAGCCUGUAUGAACAACUGUGGGCAGAGGUUCCAUAGUGAGGCAGCAAAGUUUCGUUUCCUCAAUGAGCUCAUCAAAGUGCUGUCACCAAAGUACCUCGGCCAGUGGGCUCCAGAGAAAGUUAAGGACAGAGUGACAGAAGUCCUCUACGGCUGGACUUUGUGGCUAAAAGAAGAACCCAAGAUUCAGGAAGCUUACCGCAUGCUUAAGAAACAAGGUGUGGUGAAAAAAGAUCCCAAACUGCCAGACACAGUUCUGGUGCCCCCUCCACCGAGAACCACAACAUCUGUAUUUGACCAGGAGGACAAAGCCAAGCUUUUAGCCAAAUUACUCAAGAGUAACCUUCCUGAGGAUCUGCAGACUGCCAACAGACUCAUUAAACACACCAUCAAAGAGGAGCAGGAGAAGGCAGAGCGAUUGGCAAAGCGUUCGUCGACUCUGGAGGAGGUGGAGACGAGCACCAAACAGCUCAGAGAACUGCUGGACCAGCACAGUCUGACUGCAACCUCAGAGCAAUCCACUGAGAACAUGAAGGCCCUGUAUGAGCGCUGUGAUAGGCUGCGGCCCAGCCUCUUCCGCCUGGCCAGUGACACAAUGGAUGAUGACUCAGCACUGGCACAGAUCCUGGCAGCUAAUGACGAGCUAACACUGGUAGUAAAUGCUUAUAAAGACAAGAUGGGCAGACGAGAGUCUAAUGACAAAAGUGGAGGAAGAGCACGAGCUGGAUGUGGAGAGGAAGAAGUGGAGGGUAAAAAUGCAAGUCCCACAAGUCCUAGAGAGAUUAAGAGCUACCACCUCAUCGACCUGUCAGCGCUGGACUCUCCACAGACACACAGACGAGCAAAUUCAUCUCCUCUCAUGGUCCCCUUGGGCUCCUCACCACUCUCCUCCUCUCUCACCUUCCUCCCCUCUUCUUUCUCUCCUCCUGCCCCUCAUCUGGGAAGCUCCUUACACUCAGCGGUUGACCAGGAGUUCACUGAGCUAGGGUUUGAUAAUCUGGUUUUAAAACCCAGCCAGACCCAAGAAACUCCAAAGACGUACUAUGAAGAACUAAUGCAGCUUAGUGGAGGAUUCCAAAUGAAUGACGCUGGACAGUGUGGAGGGAGUAACUAUUUGCUCGUAGCUCGUGGGUGUGAGAGAAACACAGCCUCAUCCAAUGGGACUGACAUAUGGUCACUCUCCCAAAAUCAGCAGUUGACCGGGUCAGGAUCAUUGUCCAAGCCACAGGAGCAGCCCGCUGAAGUAUCUGUGUGUCCAGUGACACUGGAGAACGUGUGUCCUGAACGGUUCCUGACAAACGUCUUUGUUCCAAUGGAGACAAUCAAACCCAGUCGACUGGAGCCAGUAACUAUAUAUGACCAGGGUGGAGUCCAUGUUUCGUUCCAUUUCACCAAAGACAGUCUGCCAGGACACCCUGAGAUUGCUGUGCUGGUCAUCUCUACAGUGAACACCUCUGCCCUUCCAGUUAAAGACUUCCUGUUUCAAGCUGCUGUUCCCAAGACCAUGUCAGUGAAACUGCAGCCUGCAUCAGGGACAAGCAUGUCUCCGUACAACCCCCUCCUCCCUCCACCUGCCAUCUCUCAGGUCCUCCUAUUGGCCAAUCCCCAGAAGCGUAAGGUGCGCCUGCGCUACAAGCUGACCCUGUUACAUGGAGACCAGCAGCUGUUUGACGCAGGAGAGACUGACAGCUUCCCUGACUGGGACUCUCUGGUUGGCCUGUAAAUCUUCAUCAGGCCUUUGCUGUGAGAAACCAUACACCUGUACAGAAUCUAGACCUAAAAAAUUAGAUUCUGAACCCAAACCCAGUAAGUUCACCCAGUGAUGUAGAGGUAAAUGUCAAGGUAUAUCAAUUUUCUCACGAUGACCAGACCUCCAUGUGAUCACCGUAAAGCGAACAACCACCAAGAUAAGCAAUAGUCAUUCAUAUUUUCAGGACAAAAUGUUUUUUCUUUAAAAGACUGUAUCCACAAUUAAUGUACAUCCAUUUAGUGCUGCUUUGUUUUAUACAUAUUUUGGAUUGAUCUCAAUACGACGAGUGUCAGUCCAAAAUGUUGAAUAAACUGCAAAUGAAACGGUCAGUAAAAUGUUAAUAGGUGGGUUUACCCUCCACUACACCCUGGGUGAACAUGGUAUAACAAUUAUUCUGUUGCUGUCGCGGACUGUUUGUAAUUACUGCAUCCUGUGUGUGUUUGGGUGCACAUUCAAGCCUUUGUUUGACUGCGUGAUUAUGCAGUUUGUACACAUAAAGCUCUAUCCGCUCAGGUUGUACUUUUGAUAUGUAUGUGUGUGUGUGUGUGUGUGUGUGUGUGUGUGUGUGUGUGUGUGUGUGUGUGCCUGUUUUCCUGCGUAACUGGUCGUGUAUGUGUAUGAGAAUUGGUUAUUUAUUUGCCUUUGUGCUACCCAAAAAUGCCAAAGUGCCUUAUGAAACAAACGCAGUGCCUUUUAUUUUGUAUUUAUGCAGUUUGGUUAUGUACCUCGAAGGUGCGUGUUGAGCUUGCCUUGAAGAAUGUAUGUGUGUAAGUAUGACCCCCAGAUUUGUAUAUGCGUGUAUUUAUGGUGCUUUUGAUUAGCAGUUACAAUUAUCUUUUUAAAGUAUCAUGUCUCUGAUGAGAGUUCAAUGAUCCCUGUUCUUUGAUGCCAAAUGAUGAAUGUCUAAUAACAGGUCUUCUGUGAAACUGCAUUUUGACUUCGGUCUGUACUCAAAAAGCAGGUAUAGAGAGAUAAAGGCAAAGUCCUCACCUAGGUCCAAUGUUAACUCUUAAGUUGCAGUUAACUUCAUAUUCAUGUUCCCUGUUCAGCAGUGAAGCCUAAAGCCUGAAUUAAGGAAUACGGUGCAGUUUGAGAUCCACGUUCUGGGAUCCUUCAAAGCUUGCUUAGAGACAUUACUGUCAGAUUCACACAAAAAGGAUGAUACCAAGGAUUGCUAGAGGACUCUGUAUCUAUUAAGGCCUAUUUGAAUGUCUUAUUGCAUGCUUGUCUGCCCCUCCUCUGUCUAUCUGACAGUCAGUUGUUCUAUGCCAUAUGUGUGUGUGUGUCUUUUUCUAUGAAUAAAAAAUAUUGUCUCAUUUUUAAACUGGCAA